AUGAUAUUUCUCAUAAUUUCGUGCUAUCUCAACUCCUUUCUGGCAAUUUUCACAAAUUCCAUUUUAAUUGCUUUAAUCAUUCGAAAGUCUCCCCGAUCCAUGGGAAAUUAUAAAUAUUUGAUGUUGAUUUUUUCAAUUUUUGGCAUAGUUUUCGCUAUAAUCGAUGGAACAAACCAGCCAAUGCUUCACUUUUUCAAUGGUGCUUACAUAAUUUUUAGCAGGAAUUCUCUAGGGCUUCCAAGGAAAAUUUCUUUCUGCUUUAUAGCACUUAAUUGCUCAUGCUAUGGAAUGAUUAUGAUGCUACUGGUUUUUCACUUUGUAUAUCGUUUUCUUGCCAUUUGUAAACCCCACCGACUGGAAAUUUUCACAUUUCCGAGCUUUAAUUAUUUAAUUGCAAUUUUUUUCGUAAUCAGUCUUGAAUGGUGGAUUGUAGCAAUUUUUGUAGCUGGAGAGAAUCCAGUAGUUGAAGAACACAUUAGAGAGACAAUGUUGACCAAUUAUGAAUUGAAUCGGGAUGAUUACACAUAUGCAAGUUCUUGGUUUUAUAGAAAAAAUCCAACAACUGGAGAAGAUCAUGCAAGUAUUCCGGAUUUUUUAUUUUUGGCGAAUCUCGGAAUUAUUAUUGCGUCUGGGUUUUCUAUAAUUGCGUACUGUUGGCUUCGUCUCCGUUUUGAACUCUUAAAAUCCGCUCGAGAUCUCACACAAGUGUCCCAGAAGACUCACGAAAUGCAACGUCAGCUUUUUCGUUCUCUCAUUGCUCAAACUCUAUUUCCAGUUUUCCUAAUGUUCAUUCCAGCCGGUAUAUUGCUCAGCUUUCCUAUUCUAAAACAAGAUAUGGGACCGAUUGAGCUUAUUAUUCUACCAUUAAUCACCACUCAACCAUUCAUGGAUGCUCUGGUUCCCAUGUAUUUCAUAAGAGACUAUCGGAUGGAAAUCAUGAAAUUUUUCAAAAAGUCUGGAAAUCGAAUUGGCAAUUCCAGUCAGGAUAAAUCAAACACUUCUAAAGUAUUUUCUUUGAGAACCUAG